AUGAAGACCCUCACCAUCGCAGCGCUACUAUCGUCCUUCAGCAUCCUGCAAACCGCUGCAUCCUCCUCUCUCACCGUUCAAAUUCCACCCAACAACAUCCUCCCCAAUCCGCAUGUGCUGCCCCCAAACACGCACGCAACACUGACCACACUGCCCCAAUCCCAAUCCCAACAGCAGCAGCAGCAGCAGCACAUAAUAUCAGCACCUCUAACCCACACCGCCGAAUUCCAUUUCUCCGACCUGCCAUCUUCGGAAAACUCAGAGUCCUACCUCCUCGACAUCCGAAGCAAGGAAUACAUCUUCGCGCCCUACAGAGUCGACAUCGCCGCCGAUGGCAGCGUGCUAGGCAUAUGGGAGACAUUCCGCGGGAACCAGUGGGAGAAUCGUGGCAUGGAGCGGUACACCAAGUUGAAAGGGCAGGAACAUCAUGAUGUGACUGUGCAAGCGCAUGUUGUGGCGCGAAGGGGGUUUUAUGAGAUUAGGCCCAAGUUCUCCCCUCUCGAUCUAUUCAAGAACCCCAUGAUCCUGCUCUCCGUCUUUGCUCUGGUGGCUACAUUGGGUAUUCCGAAACUUCUCGAGAACAUGGACCCUGAAAUGCGCGAAGAAUUCGAAAAACAGUCCCGCUCCAGCCCGCUUUCGUCCGCUCGUCAAGCUGCCGUUGCAGGCGGUGCGCCUGGUGGUGGAGGCGCGCCUGGGUUUGACCUUGCUGGGUGGAUGGCUGGCACGGCGCCUUCGCCUCUAGGUCCUGGGUCGACAGGUGCUGCUGCUGCUGCUGCUAGUGGUCGAGAGUCGGGUGCUGGGGCGAGGAGACGGUAG